AUGGCUUCUUCUCCACUUCUCCCUCCACUCUCCACUACAUCCACGCCUGGCCCUCUCACUGGAGGACUUUCUUACGCCGCGAAUGUUUCGGCUUCUGCUGCUAAACCAGCUCCUUUUCCAGUAUCAUUCUUCUCUCCCAGUCAAAAGCUCUCUUUCAAAGGCGACGAUCUAUCUGAAGGCAAGUCCAUCUGGACUUCGACGCUUAUCGGCUAUUCUCUGGGUCCUCGGCCUUAUUACGAGCGGUUACUGAAAGCUAUGCUUAACCUCUGGAAACUUAAAGGAUCCAUGAAACUUCUAUCGCUUGCGGAUGGCUUCUUCUUACUCAAAUUCUCGACUGAAGAAGAUCUCGAUUCGGUUUUAUCUGGAGGACCUUGGUUCCUUCUUGGCAAGCCGUUCAUUCUACAGCGAUGUUCACCAAAAUUCAAGCCUAAACGCGACGAGGAUGCUCCGAUCCCGGUAUGGAUAAAAAUAGUUGACUUCCCCCUGGCUCUCUGGACGCCAACUGGUAUUUCUAAAAUCUCCAGUUAUAUUGGUAUUCCUAUUUCUGUUGAUGCGCUCACUGCAAACCGUUCUAGAUUAACGUUUGCCCGAAUUUGUGUUCUAAUCUCUAAAGAUUCACCAUUACCGGAUGAAAUUUCGAUUGAAAUUGAAGGAGAAGAUAUUACUUUAACAGUUUUAUACGACUGGAAGCCUGAAAAAUGUGAAGGUUGCGGGUCUUUGAUUCACCCUUUUUCUCUUUGUCCCAAGAAUCCAAAUCCUAAGCCUGUUCUUCCUCCCCAGCCUCCUAAAAGCCGUGGUCGGAGUACUUCAAGGCAGCCGCACAACCGACCAGCCACUUCCCAGCCUAACGCUCAUGUUCUUCCUUCAAAAUUCACCAUCCCCAUCCAGAACACCUAUCCUUCUCCUGCUCUGUUACCAACUCCGAUUUCUGUGGUUCAGCCGUUGGCUGAUCAACCUCUGAUAAUACAAAACUCUGCCUCCAACCAUAUACAAUCGGUCUUAGUCCCUCCCCAAGCUAUUAUGACCACGUCUCCUGCCAAAGCAGCCCUUCUUCCCAACCUCAAUUCCCCUACUGAAGAAACCUCUUCUUCCGAUCCUCCUUCUUCUCCAGUUUUAAACCAACCUCCAAAAAUCCCUCUCUUAAACAAGUUUGCUUCCUUACAAAAUGAAGAACACACUCUCCCGGAACCCUCUGAGGUUUUUUUCGAAAAUGACAAUUCUUCCACCUCUAUUGCUGUUGAUGAACUCUCCCCCUCUUCCAAAAAUCAGAAGCUCUCUGAAUCUACUAGUCAUAAUACUAGAUCCUCUGUUGAUAGAGGAAAAUCUCCCUCAAAGCCAAAGCCUCCUAAAGGAAAAUCGGCCAAGAAGGCCAAAGGACAAAAAUCGUAA